ACAUACCCUCUAAAAUGUUUCCGGCUAACAGGAGUAGAAAACAAAAUUGGAUGAAUGUAGUAAUGCCAAACUGGUGUCAUGGAAGGAAGGUAACAUUAAGCAAAAUUUGAUCUGCAGAGGAGAGCUAAGAUGGGAGGAAGAGAAGAUCAGGCAGAUCAUUCUGCAUUCUUGAAACACAGGAUUUCUACAUUUCAUUCUGUAUAAUUGUAAUUGAUUAGAAAUGGUAUUUAUGAAAAAAUCCAUAAGAACAUGGAGGAUAGUUAGAAAGGCAAAAAGUUACUCAGUUGUUGGUAUCUUUAAGGACUGUUUAUGGUCUUAAGGACAUAGAGGGUUAAACAAGAUUAUUGAAAUACUGUUUUAAAAUGUGAAAGAGUAGAUGAGAAGGAGGACAGGUACAUAAAGGGGAAAAGAAAUCUGGGAAAGAGGUAAAUAUAAAAGAUGCUCUGCCUCAGCAAGUAUGUGGACCAUGUAUUGCAAAGCUGGACGAGGUGGUGGACUUUAUGGAUGCAAGUCAGACUACGCAGAUAAAGCUCAGGAACCAGCUAAAAGAUAGCUCUUCAGAUAAUAGUGUUCGGAUCCAUGAAGACCAACUGUAUGAACUGAUUCAAGAUGUCAAAGUGGAGCUGGAAGAAGCAGAGGAGCAGUUUUUUGAUGAUCUUGAUGACGAAGACUAUGGACCUCAUGGGAGCAGGAGAAGGAAUACUCGGCUGCGGAGUCUGCGAGGACGAAGUGCGGCCGUUAAAGCUGGUGGGAAAAGAGUCGGAAGGCCCAAGAGGAGCAAGACCUUGGUUGGUGCCGGGGCAAAUGGUGAAGCGAGUCUCGUCCAGUUGCAAGAGGGUCACCAUCAGCAAAGAGAAGAUGAAGGGGAGGAAACAAAGAAAGAUGAAAGUUUAACACCAUUGGAUUAUGGUGACAGCCUGAUAGAAGAGGCAAAUACUCUUUCUGCACCAGAAGAAAUGGGUAUCCAACAGAAAUGUGCUGUCAGAUGUUGUGUGUGCAAAGCCUCUUUUGAUCAACUGGAGCAAUUGUCAUCACACUCCUUGGAGGCCCAUCAGCUGGAGACACCACGUUACAUGUGUCCACAGUGUCCUCGUACCUUCCCCAAAGUCACAUCUAUGACCAACCACCAGCGGAGGAAACACCAGGAAACAUUGCAGGGGUGCCCCAAGUGUAGGAAAUUAUAUCCAGCACACUACCUUUGGACUCGUCACAUGUUGGUCCACUCAAACACGCGUCCGUUUUCAUGCGAUGAGUGUGACAAGAAGUUCAAAAGUAAGCCAGAACUAAUCAACCACAAGAAGGUUCACAGACCAAGUGAAGAACGCUACACACACUGCUGUGAAGUGUGUGGGAAAAGAUUUACACAGAAAGCAAAUCUUGAAAGCCACCUAAGGCUUCACACAGGAAACCGUCCCUUCUCAUGUGAGUUUUGUGGAAAGUGUUUUUCUCAAAGAGGGAACAUGGAGGAACACCGUAGAAUUCACACAGGGGAAAAGCCGUUUGUAUGUGAUGUCUGCGGGGUCAGUUAUUCACGCCAGGGGCAGUUAGCAAUGCACAGAAGAAAACACAAUGGUGAAAAGCCACAUAAAUGCCAGUACUGUGAAAAGGAAUUUCUGCGGAGGGAAGUACUACGUAAGCAUGAACAUAUGCAUACGGAUACGCGUCCAUACAAGUGCUCCUACUGUGAAAAAAGUUUUAGAGACCAAGGAAAGCGCAAGGUGCAUGAAAGGCUCCACACUGGGGAGAGGCCCUAUGAGUGCCAAGUGUGCGGCAGGGGCUUUUGUGAAUCAGGCAACCUGCGCAAGCACCUGCGUGUGCACCAGCGGCGCCCAGGUGCUGUGGUUGCACCAGCUGCCCCACCUGCAGCAAGGGAGCGAGAUGGCCUCCUGCCUCCUGCAAUCAGUGUGGCUGUUAGCAGUGCUGCACCAGGACCCACAAGCUACAGUGUGCCACACACAACGUUCACCUUCCCUGGUGCCCCUGCGGUGAGGCAUGGUGUGGAAGGCAUGGCAGAAGGGUCGCUCAUGCUGGUGCCAGAAGUGUCCGGCUUAGUUACACCUGCCACGCACAUUGUGACUUCUAGCAUGCCCCACAACCCCCAACCUGCAUUGGCUGUGCCCAUGGCUGGCUCCCCAUGCCCCACCAACCACCCACUUGUCACCCUUCGGCCGCUGGAGGAGCCAAGGGAAAGUCCGGCCUUGGCCGAGGGCGGCAACAGGGAAGACUACAGGGUGAGCGCCCCCUCUUCAUCCUUCCAAACAGUUGGAUGGGCACUCUAUCAGACUUAAGUACUGCUUUAUCUAUAUAUGUCUACCUUCAUUCAAUUUUGAUACCUUGUGCUGGGCUCCCAUAUGAGUGGGAGCUGGGCUCCUUCAGGUGUAUGGGAAUAGUUAAACUAUGGCAUGCCUUUUAAGUGGAAUGUCUAUUAUUGUUUGAAUUGUUAGAACUUUGUGAUGACAAAAAAGACAUUAAGUUGUGAAUGAUAAAGAAUUGAAGAAAAAGUUUUAGUCGGAUAUUGAUUCUGAAACUAGUACUGUUCAUCUUGAUAUUAUUAUAAUAAUUAUUAUUGUUAUUAUCAUUAUUACAUACAUCAUACAAUUAUUAUUAUUAUUAUUAUUAUUAUUAUUAUUAUUAUUAUUGUUAUGGUAGUUGUUGUUGUCAGCAUUACUUACGACAUUAUUUUUUUUUCAUUAUUAUUAUUAUUAUUAUUACUACUACUACUACUACUACUACUACUACUACUACUACUACUACUACUACUACUACU